AUGACCGACGCACCUUUUUCCCCUUCCGGUGGAGCUCGAGGAGCUCCUCUAACCACAUCAUACUCCGGCCCAAGUUUCUCAUCCAUCCCUCGUCGCUCGUCCUACGCCUCAGUCCUGUCCGGGACUGCACUCUCGCCACCAACGACCAAUAGCCCCCUCUCGCAACUUCUCCCUUCCUCCAACUCCACCCCGUCUUACCCCCCACUCUUCUACCCCGACGGCCGCCUUAUGAGGCACUCCGCCGCCUUGGAUGCAGACAUGCAGAUGAACUCCUCCUGGAGGACAUCGCUCGGCGAUUCCCUUCCUCCGUAUUCUCGAAAAUAUGCCAACUUCCCUCGCUCCGACCCGUUCUUUCAGAGUCCGGGUGGCUUCUCCGAUGCCGCCUCCUCGUUCUUUACCCCGUCCUAUCUCCGCAACUCUCGCUACAUCUCUCGUCUCGAUGCCGCUCGACGAUCCAAGCUUACAUCCCAGCGGGAUGCCGUGUGCUCGUCCUCGACGCCGAAUCCUCUGUCCACAUCUUCCAGCCAAGCCAGCCUGCCGCGUAUAGCACCCUCCCACCGCGGGAUGACGUAUGAUAUCAUCGAAAGGGAACCUCCCAGCGAUGAUGAUCAUCUCAUGCCCCUCCCAACUCGUUGGAAUGAUACAGACAAAUACGCCGGUCUCGAAUUGACAAAUGGAGGGUUGGAGGUUCGGUACACCGGUCCCGUGAAUAAGCACGAUCAUGAGGCCGCUGCCGUGCGGGCGGAUAACCCAAUGCCUCCCCAGUGCGGUAUCUACUACUUCGAAAUAACGAUUCACUCGAAGCCUAAGGAAGGCAUGAUCGGGAUCGGGUUCUCUAGUACGAAAGCGUCGGUAGAGCGUCUCCCCGGGUGGGAGCAGGAAUCAUGGGCUUAUCAUGGCGAUGAUGGCAAGUCAUUUUUCGGUGAGAGCCAAGGACAAGGGCGGCAGUAUGGCCCGACUUUCGGUGUAAAUGAUACCGUGGGCUGCGGAGUGAACUUUGCGACGGGAUGCGCUUUCUUCACCAAAAAUGGUGUAUUUCUGGGGAAUGCCUUCCGGGAAUUGCGAAAUGUAAAGGUUUAUCCGUCUGUGGGAAUGAAGAAGCAACCCCCAGUGCACUUAGCUGUGAACUUCGGCCAACAGCCGUUCAUGUUCGAUAUUGAUGGCAUGGUCAAGGAGGAGAGGUAUUCGAUAUAUUCCGAUAUCCGCACCACCAGUACCGCGACUUUACAACCACCUCUUGAUGAACCUGCACUACUUCAAGAGCUGGUUGCACAGUUUCUGGCUCACGAUGGUUAUGUAGAGACAGCCCGAGCAUUUGCCGGAGAGGUCGCGACAGAGACUGCAGCUCUAGAGAAUAGUCGGCAAGAGCCCCUUAAGAAAUACGAAGUAGAGGAAGACGUAGAAGCAGUGAAUCGGCAGAAGAUCCGAGCGGCCAUACUAGAAGGCGAUAUCGACAAGGCACUGAAGUAUACUAAUGCCUAUUAUGCAAAUGUUUUACACGAUUUCCCCCAUAUCCAUUUCAAGCUACGAUGCCGGAAAUUCCUAGAGAUGAUGCGACACUGUAAUGAAUUGUCGUUUGAAGCAUUGAAGAAAAGCAGGGCCUCCAAUGGGCUGUCUGACAGCAGUGCGGUUUUCGACCAAGAGAUGGAGCUGGAUGAGCAGGCCCACGAUGGAGAUGGCUGGGAGGCCGAUGGGAUGGACAUGGAGGACUCGGAGAACACCGCCAAGUUCCAUGAACUCCUGACCGAAGCGGUUCAAUAUGGGCAACAGCUAUACCUGGACUACCCGAAUGAGGAGCGUGGAGGAGACAAGAAGAUGCUGGAUGACAUCUUCUCCUUGGUAGCUUACCCGGACCCGAAACGAUCAGUGCAUGGGCAUUACCUCGACCCUGCCGGACGCAUUGCGGUCGCGGAGGAAUUAAACUCGGCCAUCUUAGUGUCAUUGGGCAAAUCGUCAUCCGCUGCCCUAGAGCGUCUUUACCAACAAACCGAAGUGUUGGUCACGGAGAUUAGCGAAGAAGGCGGCGCUGGGGCGUUUAUUAAUGUGCGAAAUGACUUUCUGCUUUGA